UAUGUUAAGCUCUGCCUGUUCUAAAAGUGAAAGGCGACACCCACUGAUAGACUAGUCUGUGGGUGAGACAUACGGCUGGGAAGGGCUCACUCUGACUCUGUAGCUUCCCAAGGCAGCAGGAGUAGCAGCUGAUCUUUCUGCCUCAGCCAUGGCAGAACCUGUUAUAAGACACUGGGUGGAAACUCCUGUACGCUACCAGGACCAGUUUGCUGCCCAAGAGCUGGAAACACACAAACUGAACCACCUUUUAUAUGCUUUGCCGGGCCCUGCUACAGCAGCACUGAGCAACCAAAGAUGCACCACAGAAAGCACAAGUGGGGCAGGAGAGAGUGGCCAGGAGGAGGAAAACACACGCUUCCAGGUCUUGCUGGAUGUUGUGCAGUUCCGUCCCGAAGAUAUCAUUAUCCAGACUUUCGAAGGCUGGCUCCUGAUUAAAGCUCAACACGGACCCAGGAUGGAUGAACACGGUUUCAUAUCCAGAAGCUUUACCAGACAGUACAAAUUACCUGACAGGGUGGAGAACAAAGACUUGUCUGCACUUUUCUGCCAUGAUGGCAUUUUGGUUGUUGAAAUGAAGAACUCUGUGGGAAAGAAUUAGAACCUUGUCUGUAGUUAUUGGUGAGAUAAAAUCAUUCUUAAUUAAUAUAACAAAGUAAUAUCAUUCAUGCAACACUGUAGAGUGUGGUAAGCAUGUGGCUGUAUUUAUAUUACAGUAAAGGAAAGCCUUUGCAUAUGUUUUUCGGUAUGCUGAGUUUAUUGUUUAAUGUGAAUGUUAGACUGCUUGCCUCCAGCUACCUAUAUGUUGGAAAGCCAGGCUGUUUGAAGAGUAGCAAACUUAGGCUAGUCGCAGCAGGAGAAAAAAAAAUCUAAUUUAUAAUACAUUAAAAAUAAAGUAUAUUUUUGAAUUAAGUAGGAGGAGGUGUAUUUCUAAAGAAAUAAGCAUUUGUCAUACAUAGUCAUAAAGAUUAAAGAAGCAAUAGACAAGUUGUAAGUUAGUUUUGAGUUGUGGGCAACAGACAAGUUAUGGAAAUUUAAUUUAUCUACCAAAAAAUGAGAUUUCUAAUUUUUGAAAUCAAAUUCUUCUCUUUGGAAAAGGAUAAGAACUGAAAAAUACUAUCAAGAAAAAAUCUCUAUUUCCACAGUUCAAGCUUGUUUACCAAAAUAAGUCUUGAGAGACUAUUUUUUGGAAGUGUAUUGCAUAUUGGAAACUAUAAGAAAAAAGAAUAAUCACUGACUAUAUUUGCUUGAAAACACAGUAAGUAUAAAUUAUACUUUCUGUCAAAGACAAAUUAAUUUAAAAGAAAACAUUUAAAGACAUUUUAGAAAAUUUGUUUUGUUUAACAUUUUCCACUAUUUUAUC